AUGCUUUUUACACUGUUCAUCGCCGUGCUGAGUGCUAGUAGUGGGUUAACUGAGUCUUGUGCUACUUCAACGAUAACGACGAAUUCUUGCACGAGAGAAAACUCCGUUGGCUUAAUCGUUUCAAACUCACAAAUUAAAAUAAUCGAUUUAGAGAGCGGCCAGGCUCUCGGCCCAAACGAAUCCGGCGAAAUUUGCUUCAAAACGGCUAAAGCCAUGCUCGGUUAUUACCGCAAUCCAAAGGCGACCCAAGAGAUGAUAGACAACGAAGGAUGGUACCACACAGGUGACAUUGGAUAUUAUAUGGAGAACGGCGAGAUUAUGAUAGUCGAUAAAAAAAAAGAAAUGAUGNUUAUGAUGGUCGAUAGAAAAAAAGAAAUAAUGAAAUAUCGGGGACAUCAAAUAUCACCCUCAGAAAUCGAGGAGUAUUUAAUGACUCACAAAGCUGUACUUGAAGCUGCCGUUAUAGGAGUUCCUCAUGAUCUCGAAAUUGAGGUCCCUAUGGCGUUUAUUAAAAGAACUCCUGGAUAUGAGGUAUCUGAAGAGGAGCUUGUGGAUUUUAGCGCUGAGUUGGACGUUCUUAAAAAAUUAAGGGGAGGUGUCAAGUUUCUGGAUGAACUGCCACACACACCAUCUGGAAAGAUAGACAAGAAAUUGCUUAAGGAUUUGGCAGCAGCUUCUUUAAAGUAG